AUGGCUAUGGCCAGACUUUUGUGUUUGGAAAAAAGAUUUAAAAGAAAUUCUAAACUAAACACGGAAUAUGUCAACUUUAUGAAGGAAUAUAUGGAUAUGGGUCACAUGGAGAAAGUUUCCAAAAUGAUGCUUGGUAAAUUUUAUAUGCCUCAUCAAGCUGUAAUGAGAGAUGAUCAUUUAACAACAAAAUUUUGGGUAGUAUUUGAUGUUUCAGCAAAAACUACUAACGGAAAAAGCUUAAAUGAAGUACUACACACUGGACCUAAGCUACAACUGGAUAUAUUUCAACUACAAAUCAAAUGGAGAUUGUGGAAAUACGUUAUGACAGCUGAUAUAGAAAAAAUGUGUCGGCAGGUGAUAGUAACAGAGGAAGAUCAGCCAUACCAAACUAUCCUAUGGCGUGAGGAUCAAAAAAAACUCAUAGAAGAAUUUGUACUGAAAACGGUAACAUACGGAACUUCUUGUGCACCGUUCUUGACAAAAAGAGCUCUACUAGAAGUUGCUCAUGAUUAUAUGGAUCAAAAUUCAAAAUUAUAUCAGGUAAUAAAAAAUGAUUUCUAUAUGAACGAUUUGAUGACAGGUGCUGACUCCAUAAAUGAACGCAUAAGUAUUCAAUCCGAAAUCAGUCAGUAG